UGAACCCGUGUGCUGUCAGAACUUUGCACUCCAGAGACAUUUCUGAGUGUGGUUUUUAUGGCAGGGCCCUGAUUUUGUGCCUUGGGGUUACUUGGUCCCAGGACUGUGUGGCCAGAUGAAGUGAUGGGUCCCUUUGGACCUCAGGAUCAGAGAUUCCAGCUGCCUGGAAACAUUGGCUUUGACUGUCACCUCAAUGGCACUGAUUCCCAGAGGAAAAACCAAGUUUCCAAGAGCCUCCCUGACAUUUUAGCAGAACCUUCAGCAAGUGAAAGGCAUGAAUUUGUAAUGGCACAAUACAUCAAUGAGUUCCAGGGUGCUGGUGCUCCCCAGAAGCAGCAAAUAAAUAAUGCUGAAACCUACUUUGAAAAUGCCAAGGUGGAAUGUGCAGUCCAAGCUUGUCCUGAGCUCCUACGAAAAGACUUUGAAUCCAUGUUCCCAGAGGUGAGUCCCAACCGCCUGACCGUGUUAACUGUCACCCAGAAGACCAAAAAUGACAUGACUGUGUGGAGCCAAGAAGUGGAGGAUGAGAGAGAGAUGCUCUUAGAAAAUUUCAUUAAUGGUGCCAAGGAAAUUUGCUAUGCAAUUUCUUCUGAGGGCUACUGGGCUGAUUUCAUUGAUCCAUCCUCAGGACUGGCAUUUUUCGGGCCUUACACCAACAACACCCUGUUCGAGACGGACGAGCGUUACCGGCACUUGGGGUUUUCCGUGGACGACCUCGGCUGCUGCAAAGUCAUCCGGCACAACCUCUGGGGCACCCACGUGCUGGUGGGGAGCAUCUUCACCAACGCCGAGCCCGACAGCCCCAUCAUGAGGAAACUCAGUGGCAAUUAAAGCCCCUUUGCACCCUUUGACUUGAUGAUCCUCUCCGAGGAAAUGCCACAUUUUCAAGUGUUCUUAGGUAAUAAAGUAGCUGUUAUUUAUUUUCAGUCUUUGUGUUCACCACAUGUGACUUGGAAAGAUGAAUUGGCAGCAUCCAGACAGAUCCUUUUGUGCCACACAGAUUUCAAGCUGUGAGUUUCCUUCAUCUUAAAUGAGUUUAAAUAUACAAGUACACAGUUAUCUGCAUUUCCUUUUUUAAUUUUAUCACACAAGCCACACUUCUCAACCAUUUUGUCUUUCAGUGUCCAACAAAUCUGCUAAAUUUCUAGGAGUUCUGCCACUUAAUCAUUUCAGUAAGUGGCAAAAAAAAGUGGAAUAAGUAAUAGAAGUAAUAAGUCACCACAUGUGACUUAGAAAGAUGAAUUGGCAGCAUCCAAACAGAUCUUUGUGUGGCACAGGAGUUUGCAGCUGUUUUCACCCUGACUGAGUUUAAACAUAGUUACUUGCAUUUUAUUUUUUAAUAUCAUACAAGGCACACCUCUCAACCACCUUGUCUUUCAGUGUCCAACAAAUCUGCUUAGUAAUAAAAAUCUGGAUGCCACUGAAAUUUCUAGGAAUUCUGCCACUUACUGAAAUGAGUAGCUGGUAAAAAAUAAAGUAGAAUAAGUAAUAAAAGUAAUAGGUCACCACAUGUGACUUAGAAAGAUGAAUUGGCAGCAUCCAAACAGAUCCUUUUGUGCCACACGAGUUUCCAGCUGUGAGUUUCCUUCAUCUUAAAUGAGUUUAAAUAUAAAAGGACAUAGCUAACUUUUAUAAUUUUAUCACACAAGCCACACUUCUCAACCAUUUUGUCUUUCAGUGUCCAACAAAUCUGCUUAGUAAUAAAAAUCCUGAUGCCACUGAAAUUUCUAGGAAUUCUGCCACUUACUGAAAUGACUAAGUGGCGAAAAAAAAAGUGGAAUAAGCAAUAAAAUUGUGCUCCCAAAAUAUAGAAUUUUAUAAAAACUACAGAAGUUAAUGCUGGACUAAUCACUCAGUGUUUUAAAAUGAGAAUAUUGAGAUAAGCUCUAAAUACAAGUAAUGCUUCAGUAAGGAAGUGUUCACUCAACUGCUACAUCCACAGACUCCAUAAAAAGUCUUAAAUUACUCUAAAAUCAGUCAUCUCUUCUUGUUUUUUUUGUCUUCAUGGUGCUUGGGAUUUAUUUUCUCAGUGUUAGCUAAAUAUAUUUAAUUAGUUUAUAUAUAUAAAGGUAAUUUAAAGUUGCUUUUGUAACUUACUUAGGUCAUUAAAUACAGGGGGGAAAAAAAAAGAUAAUAGAGCAAUGCCUGGAUAUCAUCAUUGUUUUCCUGGCCUCUGAUGCAAUUUAGACUUGUCUCUGGAAUUUUGAAAUGCCUGUGCAAAGAGCAAUUAUGAUCAAUUAGUGCAAUUAUAAAAGGAGGGUUUCAGUAAAUCAGUUCAGGCUCUUCAGGGAUCACAAAAACAAUCAGAUCAGUUGAAGGUGCUGGGGGAAGAACAGGGAAGACAUUUCAAGGCACCUGGAAUACCUGGAAUUUCAAUGCCUUGAAAUUUGGCUCCAUAGAUGAAGGAAUAAAGUAGAUUUUAAUCUCAUCACAGUUUUGGGGCCAUUCUUUAUGACAACCCUGCAGUCAUCUAACAAUGGGAAUCCUUCAGUCUUGACUCCAUCAGAAAGUUGAAUUUCGAGGAUAAUGACUGCCCAGGAUGAGGAUCCAAGAGUUUCAGCUUCCUGUCAGGUAGCCUGGGAUUUUAUCCUUCUGUCUUUUCCCAGUGUUCACCAACACCAUGGAUUUAAACCUUGUCCUAGGUGUGUGUAGUUCUUCUGUUCCCUACUCAGGUCUCAGCCAGUUUCCACCAAAGUCCUUUUCUUGGCUUUAAUGGCUUUAGAACCAGAUCCUUUCCCAAGUGCCUGUCCCUGUCCUUGGGAACUUUGCUGGAUCAGGGAGGUGGAAGUGAGGAAGCCUUUCCCCUGGAGAAGUGAGUGCUGUCCACCCUGAAUUCCCUCCCAAAGCCAGCAAUUCCAAGGUUAUCCUACUCACCUUCCCUUCACUGGCUCUACUCUGCCCACAUGCCAAGGUUUAAGUGUGUGGCUGCUGGGGCAGGAUUUGUUUUUCCCUUUGUCCUGGAAUUUGUGCUGUAUUUCCAGAGCCCCAGUUCUUGCCCUCUGCUCUGCUGUCCAAGAAAACUGUCACUUCAAAGUCUUUUAUUGCUGUUUGAUUUCCUCAAUCUCGUCAAGAGGAUUAAAAAAGCUUGAGAAGCU